AUACAAUUUAUGUUACGUUCUUUGGCUUCCUAAUUCUCCUCUAUCUUAUAAAAUCUGUCUUCUCUCUCUCUGGACCAUCGUACUUUUUCUUCUCCCAUAUCACUGUUUUUCUCUCUCUCAUCUCUCUGUGGCACCAAUAUAUACAUACACGCCCUAUAUAUAUACAAACACGGAUUAAUCAAGAAACCUUUUUGAAAGAAUAUAAAUUGAAAGAGAGAAAAGAAUUCAGUUAGCUUUUAGCCUUUCAAAACCCUGAUUAAUCAUACCUUCCAUCAGUUCUUCCCAAUAUAUAUUUCAUCAUUGACGUCUUUUCUUUCAGAGAUCAAAGGGUACGGAUCUUUUUUCCUUCCAAUCUUGCGGCUAGGGCUCAGUUAAUAUUGUUUGAUUUGAGAUUCGAUGGCGAUAUGAUUGAAAGCCAAUAUGUGGGUGUUCGAAUCAUGUUGUGGAAUUGAUACAUUCUUCGAUCCUUUUUAAUUAGAAAACUGUGGGAAAAGCAAGGAUCGAUAGAAUUUCGUCAACUUAUCAAAGUGAUCAAGAUACAGCUUUAUGGAGACUAAUGGUUUUAAUAGGAGAGGAAGAAGAAGAGAACAUAUAAUUCACUACAAUAUUAAUGGCGAAGUGAGCACUUCAUCACCUGAUGAAGAACUCGACCCAUGGACAGCUUGGGCCUACAAACCUCGUACCAUUUCAUUGUUAUUCAUUGGUGCAUGUUUUCUUAUUUGGGCAAGUGGAGCUCUUACUCCUGAAAGUAAUUCAUCGCCUGAUCUUGUUACAUCAGUCAAAAGGGGCAUAUGGGCAAUGAUUGCAGUUUUUCUGACUUAUUGUUUACUGCAAGCUCCUUCAACGUUAUUAAUUAGACCACAUCCUGCGAUUUGGCGUUUAGUUCAUGGAAUGGCUGUUAUCUACCUUGUUGCUUUGACUUUUUUGCUUUUCCAGAAUCGUGAUGAUGCUAGGCAGCUUAUGAAGUAUCUCCACCCUGAUCUUGGAAUUGAGCUUCCUGAGAGAUCAUAUGGCAGUGAUUGUCGAAUUUAUGUGGCUGAUAAUCCAACUAGCAGGUUUAUAAAUGUUUAUGAGACACUUUUUGAUGAGUUUGUUCCUGCUCAUAUUUUCGGGUGGUGGGGUAAAGCAAUAAUGAUCCGUAAUCAGCCCCUUUUAUGGGUGUUAUCAAUUGGAUUUGAAUUAAUGGAGCUUACUUUUCGCCAUAUGUUGCCAAAUUUCAAUGAGUGUUGGUGGGAUAGCAUUAUUCUUGAUAUAUUAAUCUGCAAUUGGUUUGGUAUAUGGGCAGGAAUGCAUACUGUUCGAUAUUUUGAUGGAAAAACAUACGAAUGGGUUGGAAUAAGUCGUCAACCGAAUAUAUUAGGCAAAGUGAAAAGAACAUUGGGUCAAUUCACACCUGCACAUUGGGACAAAGAUGAAUGGCAUCCACUACUUGGCCCAUGGAGAUUCAUUCAAGUUCUUAGCCUUUGCAUUGUGUUCUUAACAGUUGAACUCAAUACUUUUUUCUUAAAAUUUUGCCUUUGGGUUCCUCCUAGAAACCCAAUCAUUGUUUAUAGAUUGGUCCUUUGGUGGCUCAUUGCAAUCCCUACAAUUCGAGAGUAUAAUUCUUACCUACAAGAUCGAAAACCGGUGAAAAAGGUGGGAGCUUUUUGUUGGCUUUCCCUUGCAAUUUGCAUCAUUGAACUCUUCAUAUGUAUCAAGUUUGGAUAUGGUUUGUUUCCAACUCCAAUGCCAAAAUGGCUGGUGGUGAUGUGGACAUUUGCUGGAAUUGGGAUUUUGGGAUUCUUGAUGUUGUGGACACGAAAAUCCCGUCAAACGAUAAUCCGAAAGCGCGUAUGAAAAUUCUUUAAAGAAAAAUUUGUGGGAUUUAGCAAUUCUUUGAUUCCUUGGUGUUAGAUGUUUGUAAAUGCUCAUUGUUUGAAAUUGUAAAUGCUUUUUUAUUAUUUCAAGACCAGAAGGGAAAAAGGAUAAAUUCUCCUUUUGAGUUUUUUAUUUGGUUAAAAUGACAACCAAAUCACACACCAGAAAGCCAAAAGGCUAGGAUUCUUCAAUGACAAUAAAAUGAGAGAAGAAUCUGUAAUUUGUUUGAUUGCAUAAGCAAAUAAAAAGAAUUUGUGAACUAUGUG